CCCCCUUUCCUUCCCAGUCCUUUAUGACCAGGCAACUCCCCCUCAAAGAUAUCCAAUCCUUUCUUUGGUUCCCAUUCUCAUUCAUCAUAACCCCCAUAGCAGGACCACCAUCAAACCCAGUAGUAUGCGUAAUCUGCGGUGGUUCAAGUUCCGUAACAUGGCUGUCACCCGCACUCCUAUCCCGUUUCGAUUUCUGCCGCCGCCGCCGCACACGAAACACCCUAUUAUAGUACGCAACCGCACCGACGACGAUGGCAAAGAAGAUGGCUGCGGAGACGCCUAUGCCUAUACCUAUGCCGAUUGCUGCGGGGGUUGAUAGCCGUUUACUGUUUUCUUUUUUUUUUUUUAGCGUUUGCGUUUGCGUUCGUACUAGCUGGGUUCGCACUAGCUGGGUUCCAUGUUGUUGUGUUGUUGUUGUU